UCAGCGAUGGGACGGAAAUGCCCAGAAAACUCCUUCACGACGCCAUUGCCUCGGGACCCAGAGGCAGGGGAGGUGGUCUUAUCAGUACCACUGCGAGUGCGUCGGCUGCCAUUGUUCUGGAUGAUGAUUCAGACAACAGUGAAAGGGACACGAUGCCUUUAACUAGGAGGUUACCAAGCAUUAGGACAGCCAGGGUAGAGACUGCUGAACCAGUGGAGACACGAGCUACCGAGAAUCGUGGAGAAUUUGACCCCACAACUGACAGCUACGUUGAUGCAAACGCGGUAUCAGAAGUUGCCAGGAGUGAAGCUAUGGCAAGCGGAUCUAGGACUGAGUUGGCGACAGCGGGUAACCAAGAAGUGGAGGACACUGCCCAAGGUGGGGAGAAUAUUCAGCCUAGGCUAAGGUUGAACGUCACGGGAAGUGAAAUGGAAGAAAUAUCAAUAUGGAUUCCCAAAUCUUUGACCGUCUCUUCUGCUCCCGUACUUCCGCCCGUUGGGAUUAGGAAAAUGGUCUUCCCUGAGGACGCCAAAAAAUUGGAUGCUAUGCCUCUUCCUAGUCAGUUCAACUACUCAGUGGCUCAUUGCUUUACUGCACUCCAAGGAGUACUCAGGUCUGGAGAGAAUGCCAUUGGCAGUUUGAGCAAAGAGAGGACUGAAAAGGAGAGACUAGAAGGCAUGGUAAAGGGGCUGGAAGACAACUUGGCCAAUGUCACGUCUGCACAAAAAGAUUUAGAGCAUCAACUGAUUGGGGAGAAGAACAAGAAUACUCAAAUGUCUGCUCAAAUCUCAAGAUUGGAAGAGAAAUUGAAAGAAGCAGAUGAGCAGCUCCUGCAAUCAACUGAAUCAUUGAGUGCAUUGGAAAAGAAAAUACAUGACGAUGCAUAUAAAGCCACUCAAUUCGAGUCAAGGAUCGACCAAGCAAUCAGAGAUGCUCAGUACUUCAAGGAUUGCUGGGAAGGAGUCACCAAACAACUGGAGAGUGCCGAGGCCAAAGUGAACACACUGGAAUUCCAGGUACACCACCUGGCUGACCAACUUGGUGAUGUUUCCAGAGAGAAAGACCUGUUAAACAAAGCGUUGGCAGCGCAGACAAUGAAGACAGCAGAAAAGGUUGAAAUGGCCAAGAAAAUGGAGGAAAACUACCUUAUCAAGAUAGGGGCCAUGGGAGGUGUCGGUCAAGCUGCAGAGAGGUUCAGAUUGCUAACCCAGUACAAAAAGAAUGAGCAUCCGAAAUGGGAUGUGGACUUGAUGCUCAAGAAGGCUGUGGUAGUACUUGAAAACUACCAGCCUAAUAAAAGAUGGGUUGUGAAUGAAGAAGCAAUUGGAGAACCUAACAUCGAAAAAGACCUGGCGCCUCCAGAGAGUGAUAUCCCCACUGUUGAACAACUGCCCAUUGAGGCCCGUGAAUCGCCAAUACCUGGCACUGUCACAGAAGAUGCUCCAUCUGAAGUUCCUCCGACUCCUAGGAUUGAAACUUCAACUUCUGAGCCUGAAAAUGCAGAUGAGGAUAUCCCACGUGCGAAUCCUCCCAUUACGUCGGAGGCCAUUGAGAUUGAAGCGACAACAGAGACUAUUUGAACUUGUUUGGUUUUGAAUUUUGGUUUUUUUUUUUUUUUUUUUUUUUUUUUAGUAUUUCCAAUUUCCUUUUAGUUUAAAUGCCCUAUCAUAGCAAUCUACAAUAAAUAACCUUACUCUUGGUAGCAAUUUAGAGUCGAUAGCCUUACUCUGUCCCCCAGUUUAAGUUGGACUGUUAGAACGUAACUCUAAAAGUUCAAUUGAAACUGCGAAUAAUGACGUGUAAAGAAACUAGAACUAACCAGGUGGGACGCGUGGCCUCAAUUAUUUCCAUCUGGAGAGAAUAUGGCAGGGUGAAUCUCCGAACAGAGUAACAAAAUCUUGACUGAACAAACUCCAAGAACUGAAUAGGUAUGCCAAGUGGCAGGCAAAAAUUUACAAAAAUCAACACGUGUCUCAGAACACCAUUGGUGGACUUGAUAGAGAAUUCAAUCCGUGAGAAUAUUGCGUUCUAUAUAAGGAGGAUAGAACAACUCGAUGAGCAAAGGUUGAAGAUGAGUUGGUGAUAUUGGUACCGAUGAUCAGGCUACACUGUCAGUUUCGGCUAAGCUCAUAUGGGUUGCCUAGUACUGACGGUGAGUCUGAUCAGCCGUGCCUUGUAUCAUUGUUCUGGUCAGGAAACGCAGAAAGUCUUGGUGCUGCUUUGGCGACGUUACGUCUUGGCGUCGGUAAUUUAUACGUAGUCAAUGUUUCUACAUUGUUAAUACUGAAUGAACCUUUGUCCCCCAGUAAUAAAUGCGUUUUUAUGACAUGCGCUGAUUGGGAUAAUCUAGGUGGUCAUUUAAUACCUUUUUGACUAUAACAAAUACAGUUUUAAGUACCUCUUAUGGUUUUUUUAAGAUUAACUGAAUUUAGAGAUUUUAGAAUUUUAAAUACGUUUAGACUUCUUUUCCUAUCUUAAAUGUUCGUGUAGAUUUUUGCGGUUGUAAAGUUUAUCUUGACUCUUGGGCUACCACAAAGAAUUAAUUGCAGAAUUAAUUUCGGGUGUUCUCAAGAAGAUGAAAAGGUAAGGUUCGCAACUAUAUAAAAGCUAAUUCUCUUUUGGCAAUGGAAUUAUCCUACAGACCAGAUAACUACACCCAGUCUUUACAAAAAAUGGCUGCUUCUCAGAGCUCUGUAAACUCUCCUUCUGACUCUGACGACAAUAGGGACGUAAGUUCGUUCCUUCCUCCUGAUUGCCGAAACCCUGCACAGUAUAUCGUCGACCUAAAGGAGGCGAUGAACGAGAUGGAGAAGGGCAUGAAAGAGAUGAGAAUAGAGAUGGAGGACCAAGAGGAGCAGAUC